GUAGAAAAAGUAGUAAACACAAAACACGGACCACCAGUCAUGUUACUGUCGAAACUUCGGUGUUUGUGCACAAAAGGAAGGUUGAAUCCAGCGGUAACGGCAUGCUAUCACUCACAAAAAGGUGUUUACGGAUUCAAGCCAUUAAAGAAACGUGAUUCGACAGAUGUCAGCCAGAGUGCCAUUUCAAACCGAGCACAGCAUGCCAAUGUGUACCGAUUUGUGGAAGCCUACAGAAAGUAUGGCCAUAGACAAGCCUCGUUGGACCCUCUCGGACUGCAGACUGUCGAAGAUGUCCCUGAGCUGUGUCCCUCUAAAUAUGGUUUGUCAGUGGACAGCCAGGACAGUUUCCCCACCGAGGGUAUCCUACACACUGACCAGGCUACAAUGAACCUUUCCCAGCUGGUCAAGUUUCUGGAGCACGAGUAUUGUGGACAUGUGGCUGUAGAGUUUGACCAUCUAGAGACAGAAGAAGAACGCAACUGGUUUGCAGAAGCAUACGAAUCAAAACAAAACAAAGAAUUCUCCCCGGAUCAGAAGGUUUCCUUGGCAACACUUAUGUUGAGAUGCCAGGGAUUUGACCAUUUCCUGUCUAACAAGUUCACAACCGUGAAGCGAUAUGGAGGAGAAGGGGGUGAAAGUAUGAUGGGAAUGUUUAAAGAAAUUUUCGAGAAGAGCUCAGAGAGUGGAAUCUCUGAUAUAGUGAUCUGUAUGCCCCACAGAGGACGCCUGAACUUUCUGACCUGUAUGUUACAGUUCCCUCCUGUUAUCAUGUACCAGAAGAUGAAGGGGAUGAGCGAGCUCCCUCCUGGUGCCAAAGGGACAGGAGAUGUGCUUUCUCACACGUAUACAUCUGUUGAUCUGAAAUAUGGCAGUGAAGAUAUACAUGUGUCCCUGAUUCCAAACCCCUCCCACUUAGAGGCUAACAACCCAGUAGCUGCAGGGAAGGUGCGAGCCAAGCAGCAGGCUCUGAGAGAGGGAGACUACUGUGAUGAGGAGGGGACGGUCCCCGGGGACAAGGUCCUUUGUCUACAGGUGCAUGGCGAUGCCUCCUUUUCUGCUCAGGGAGUUGUUGCGGAGACCUUUGCCUUUGCUGAAUGUCCCCACUUCAGAGUCGGGGGCAGUGUACAUCUGAUCAUCAACAACCAGGUGGGAUUUACAACAGAGGCAGAGCGAGGCAGGUCCUCAAGAUACUGCAGUGAUUUGGCCAAAAUGAACAGUUACCCUGUCCUACACGUUAAUGCCGAUAAUCCUGAGGAUGUGAUGAGAGCCACUUCUAUAGCCAUGGACUACAGGAACAAGUUCCGUAAGGAUGUCAUCAUUGAUUUCAUAUGCUUCCGGAAGUACGGCCACAAUGAGAUAGAUGAUCCAUCCUUUACUCAACCUAUCAUGUAUCAGGCAAUCAAUAGCCGCACCAGUAUACCGGACAUGUACGCCAACAAACUUGUGGAUGAGGGUGUUUGUGGGCGGGAUGUGCUGGACCAGGCUGUCCAGGAGUGGUCCGAGACUUUGGCCAAGGACAUGAGUAGAGUGGACACAUAUGUCCCACAGCAGCGACACCUACAACAACAGUGGUCAGGUCUGGUCCAAGCAUCCGACUCUGUGUCAACAUGGGACACAGGUGUAGCAACAGAUAUCCUUAAGUUUGUGGGAGCCAAGUCAGUAGACAUACCUCCAGACCAGAAUGUGCACCCUACCAUACAGAAGACCCAUGUAGAGCGACGUCUACAGAGGAUAACGGAGGGGCGGGACCUAGACUGGGCGACAACUGAGGCUCUGGCAUUCGGAUCACUCCUGUACCAGGGAUUUAAUGUGCGGAUCAGUGGACAGGACGUUGGACGUGGCACAUUCAGUCACAGACACGGGAUGAUUGUAGACCAGGAGACAGAUAACAUUGUCAUUCCCCUCAACCACAUUUCUGACAAUCAGACAGGGUUCAUGGAGGUGGCCAACAGUGCGCUGACUGAGGAGGCAGUUCUCGGCUUUGAAUAUGGUAUGAGUCUGGAGAACCCAAAGAACCUAGUCAUCUGGGAGGCUCAGUUUGGAGAUUUCUUUAAUGGAGCUCAGAUCAUCAUCGACACUUAUGUUGCCAGUGGAGAGGACAAGUGGCUGUUACAAUCUGGCCUUGUUAUGUUACUACCACAUGGUAUGGAUGGAGCCGGACCAGAACACUCAUCCUGUCGCAUGGAAAGGUUCCUACAGAUGUGUGACAGCAGUGAACACAAGGUGGACAGUGACCAAGUCAAUCUACAGGUAGCCAACCCCACAACGUCUGCCCAGUACUUCCACCUGCUCAGGAGACAGAUGGUGCGUAACUUCCGUAAACCCCUGGUUGUGGUCGCCCCGAAGGUUCUGCUCCGUUUGCAAGCUGCCAUGUCCUCCCUGUCCGACAUGGCACCCGGCACUAGUUUUAAGCCUGUCCUCGGUGACCCUGGGGUCAAAGGAGAUAAAGUCACUAAGGUUAUUUUCUGUACUGGCAAGCACUUCUACAACCUACAGAAAGAGAGGGACAGUAAAAAUCUACAGGACACAGCCAUCGUAAGGCUUGAAAGUCUGUGUCCAUUCCCCACGGCAGAACUGCAGGCAGAGCUUCUUAAAUUUCCCAGUGCCAAAGAUUUUGUGUGGAGCCAGGAAGAGCACCGUAACAUGGGAGCCUGGACGUUCGUCUCUCCUAGGUUUGAAAACCUUGUGGGAUGUAAGCCGCGGUAUGUUGGCCGUGACCACCUAGGCUGCCCAGCCACUGGGAUCGGGGAGGUACACAGGGCCGAGGUACAGCAACUGAUGCUGGAUACCUUCAGUUGACCACACCUGUAAGCUGCUAACUGCUGUACAACUCUCCGACUUACCUGUACAUGUGGAAAUUACCCAUACAAAUAGGAUAUCCAUACAUGCUCAUCUGAACACCUCCAUUAAACGUCCACCUGUGUUAGGAGACACUUUUAAUGUUUGCCAUUACUGGUAUAUUGAUUUCAUUGUGAACUGAACCUGUAUUAAGAGACCACCUGUGUUUAAGAUAUCACUUUUUGGUCUUUCAAGAUAAGAGGUCUUUUAAUGCAAGUUUGACUGUAUGUUAAUAUGAAGAGAUCUCUAAGGCCAAAUAAAAUUAAUUACUUGGUUCUCAGGCCAAUUUUUUUCAAAAGAGAUGCGGCAGGGCGGUAUUUUUUUUUUCUUUCAUUUUACAUGGCAAAAAUGAGACGAGGGCGAUUUUUAAAGACGGCGGCUGGCGCAUUCAUGAUUUUUUUUUAUUACUUUCACGAUAAAAUCGGCGAUGCCCUAAAAUGAAAUGCGUGCUGGCCUAAGAACCAAGUAAACAAUUUUCUUUGGCCUUAGAGUUUCUGUUUAAUGCAAAUCUGUUCAGUUGUAUCAAAUAAAGAAAUCACAGUGAACAUUUCUGUUCAGUUGUAUCAAAUAAAGAAAUCACAGUGAACAUUUCAGUAAAGUUGUAUCAAAUAAAGAAAUCACAGUGAACAUUUCUGAACAGUUGUAUCAAAUAAAGAAAUCACAUAGAACAUUUCUGUACAGUUGUAUCAAAUAAAGAAAUCACA